AUGGAUCUAGGCAUUAGAAAUAAUCUUGUUGCGCCAAAAGAGCCCGUUCAAGGCCACCACUGGCUGCCAGAAACUGACGGCCAGUCUUCGAUUAUCACACCUGACUUGUAUGCAAGGCAAAAUGAGCUGACAAUCGACAGUCUUCAGUUCGACUGGGAUCUUUUGUCCAGGCUAGACGCGGGUAUUGAUUCCACAUUAGUUGAAUUGGAACCUGGACAGCUAGUUAAAACCGCGGAGUUGCGAGAAUGUCUGUUCCGUGCCAUCAUUCCCACUGCAGAAAAGUGGCAGUUACCGGCCGCGUCAUUACAACUUUUACAGCAAGUUUGCAAAAUAUCCAAACGAGAAGAUUUAAUGAUGGAGUGUAUCUCGCGGCAACACUUCCUAAAGACGCAACAGCCCUGGAAGUUGGAAGUCCCCGCAUUACGCAGCGACCACGAUGCAGACUGCCGUCAAUACCGAAGGCAGGUGGAGGCGUUUCGCCGGUGUCGUUUAAGAGACCAUGGCUUGCCGCUGCAUCCCGCUGAUACCGAACGAGGGGAAGGGCUCGAGUUUCCUGCGUCACUAAUCCAGAGGGAUAAAGAACGAGUGGAUGGCAUCGGGGCCGAAGGCUUGAGGGUGACGAAAGUCACAUUAUUGUAUCUCCAAGAAACCCUGACGCUGAAUUGGGAAGACGACAUCCGGCAAGACUUUCUCAAAGAACCACCAAUUUACCAAGACAUCGGGGCCACUGAACAUUUAACCCCCCCGCUGAGUCCCUUGAUCGCAGCAUUACCAGACCCUUUUACGCCUGAUCUUGAAGUUUGCCAAGUGCCCGAGCUCUCUGACUCCGAGUCCCGACUUAGUGAGGACAUCAAAAAGGCUGAAGGCAAGAUUUUCGAAUCCGAAAUCGAGUUUUGGGAGGGUGUGAUAGCAACAGAUACCACGCCGGCGGGAGACGAUGAUAUCGACAUAUCGACAGUGAUAAAAUGGGGAGAUUUCAACUCUCCCGCCUCGCCGACCUCCCCUACACCGGUUUCUAGAGAUCUCAAGGUCGAUGUUCCCCUCCUUCCAUGGAGUGACAAUAAUGAUGGCUUGCCAAGAUCGGGGGCUUUCGUUUCUAACGAACUGGCCGCUGCAAAAGAAUUAGUAGUGAGCAGUGAUACGAUGUCCGGUUCCGAUGGCCCAACUGGUCAACUUGUCACCCUCUUUCAGGAGGGCGCAACUAAGGUGAUGAGAAGCGCGGAACAGGAAAAGCUCCAGCCGCUCUACGCUAAGGCUAGGGUGUCGGUACCAGUCUUGGACUUCUCAGUUCCCAUUCCUGAAUGGGAACAGGGGAUCUGGGAAACUUCGGAGAUGUUCCGAUACAUUCAAGAUAAUACAGACGUGGACUGGCGAGGUCCUAAGUGGCCACACAACAGAAAUGUGGAACAAAGGAUGAUAUGGACACCUGUGGCUCAUAUGAAGGACAAAACGCUCACAGUAGAGAAGAUUGAGGUUCACGCCGAUGAUCUCGAGUUGUUUCUAGAGCGGGAUCGCAACGAUGAGGUUCUCACGAGCGUCGAUUACAUCCACAAAGAAUCAGGCUUAGCCAAUUUCCGCAUCCCAAACGCCGAACAGGACGGUGUCGAUUGCCUGGAACCGCUUGGCUUGGUGGAGAGGAAAGCAUUAGAAGUGCCUCAAGAUAGGUCCAAGAAGGAAGGUGUACCGCUCGUACAACAGCCGACCCGGGACUUGGAUGAGGGCCUGUCGGCGGUUGCUCGGACCACGGUUCGGGACCCUGAGGACUUGACUUUGCUCGUCAGCAAAAGAAAACGGCUUAUCGACGAAGCGGCGGACCGAAAACUAUCCAACAACGAGCGAAAAUGCGGGCUCGCCACUCCUCUCAGUAUUUCAGCUACGGAUAUGGUCGAUACGGCCCUGGUUCCGUCCACGAAUGUCCUGCGGGGUUUCAUGAACGAAUACACGGAUUUCGGUCCCCUUGUCGACAACUUUUGUGACAUGAACUUCCCCAAGAAGCCAAAGCUUACCCACAGUCCUUUCUUUGGGCCACCCGAAAUAGCGCCAGCAUCCUCCAAAGCAAAAGAGGAAGAAGCGGCAAGGCUCAUGCCCCCUCCCCCUAAACCCGUUCCUGCACUUGCUCCGCCCAUCAACCCACCACAGUCAGUCCACCGCGCCAUCGUGUCCUCCACUGUUUCCCAGCCUUUCAUACAACACGUCAAGGCUUUCCUCCCGGCCGUCGAGCUGAUACCUCGGAUCUACGAAAAACACCGUCCACCGGGCUGGACACCCGGUAUGCCUUCCCCAAACCUUGACGAAGCCGACUUCGUCGUGACCCCAUCCACCGGGAUCCUCCUCACGACGAUGGUCCAGCUGCGCCAAAAGGCGCCACCUUCUGCUGGCGUCUACAGUACUGCCACCAGCACCAACGCUGCUAUGGCCGCCAAACCUCACAAUUUACCUGGCUUUUAUCGGAUCAUUGAAAACGUCGCGGCCCGCCAUGAGCGUCUCCUCGUGCUCGUCUCGGAAAGUAACAAACAUAGCGAGACCGCUAGCCCGCUCUCUCAAUCCGACGCCCGCUCCUUGACCGAGUUCCAGGGGCUUGUGGCUGGGAUUCCUGGUAUCGUGCAGCUUGUGUACGUUGGGGGUGGAGUGGAGACGCUGGCAAAGUGGGUGGCGGCGGUAGUGUGCGAGUAUCAUGCAAGCGAAGGGGAAGAGGUGGCGCGGAAAGUGAGCGAGAUGUUGUUGCCAGUGGAGACAUCUUGGGAGGUGUUUCUAAGAAGGGCGGGGAUGAAUGCCUGUGCGGCGCAGGUAGUGCUGGGGACAUUAAAGGUCCCGGCAGGUAUACCGGCUGUCGGGUGCGGGGACGGGGGUGUGUUUGGGUUGCCGCGGUUUGUGAUGAUGUCGAGGGAGGAGAGGGUCGAGUUGUUUGCACAGAUGCUAGGGGGUCGGAAAGUUCUUGAUCGGGUUAGCGAUGUUCUCGACGGACCUUGGGAGAACUAA